AUGGAGAACGAGGAUCUGAUUGAUUACGAGGAGGAGGUGUCGGUGCCUACCUCGACGACGGCCAACAAAGAAGCUGACGCUACCAAGACCACGACGGCUGCCAGCACGGAAGAGGGCAGCAAGAAGGGCAGCUAUGUCGGUAUCCAUUCGACUGGUUUCCGCGACUUCUUGCUGAAGCCUGAGCUUCUCCGUGCUAUUAGCGAUCUGGGCUUUGAACACCCGUCAGAAGUUCAGCAGGAGUGCAUUCCGCAGUCGAUCCUGGGUAUGGACGUAGUGUGCCAGGCCAAGUCUGGUAUGGGUAAGACAGCUGUCUUUGUGCUGGCUUCGCUUCAACAGCUCGAACCUGUGGAUGGUGAGGUGUCUGUGCUGGUGCUCUGCCACACGCGUGAGUUGGCGUACCAGAUUCGCAACGAGUACGCCCGCUUUACGAAGUACAUGCCGGAGGUGCGCACGGCGGUUGUCUACGGUGGUACUCCGAUCAAGGAGGACCAGGCUAUGUUGGCUGACAAGUCCAAGUGCCCCCACAUUCUUGUUGGUACGCCAGGCCGUAUGAAUGCCUUGGUGCGUGACAAGUCUCUGAAGGCGAGUGACGUGAAGCACUUUGUCCUUGAUGAGUGUGACAAGAUGCUGGACAACUUGGAGAUGCGUCGUGAUGUGCAGGAGAUCUUCCGCGCUACGCCGCACCACAAGCAGGUGAUGAUGUUCUCUGCGACGCUCUCGAAGGAGAUUCGCCCGACGUGCAAGAAGUUCAUGCAGAACCCGCUUGAGAUUUAUGUGGACGAUGAGACGAAGUUGACGCUUCACGGUCUGCAACAGUACUAUGUCCGCCUGGAGGAGGCUGCGAAGAACCGCAAACUGAACGACCUGCUCGACUCGCUGGAGUUCAACCAGGUCAUUAUCUUUGUCAAGUCCAUUUCGCGUGCGAACCAGCUGGAUCAGCUCUUGCGUGAGUGCAACUUCCCUUCGAUCUGCAUUCACGGUGGUUUGCCUCAGGAUGAGCGUAUCAAGCGGUACCAGCAGUUCAAGAACUUUGAAAAGCGUAUCCUUGUCGCCACUGACAUCUUUGGCCGUGGUAUCGAUGUGGAGCGUGUCAACGUGUCGAUCAGCUACGACACGCCGACGGAUGCGGACUCGUAUCUCCACCGUGUGGGCCGUGCUGGUCGUUUUGGUACGAAGGGUUUGGCUAUCACCUUUGUGUCGAGUGACGAAGAUGCGGAGGUGCUUAAGCAGAUCCAAAGCCGCUUCGAAGUUGCCGUGCCGGAACUCCCUGAGUCGAUCGAGGCCAGCACGUACAUGAAUGCGUAA